CCGGUCAACUGUGAGGGCAAAGAGGUCUACUCGAAAAACUCUGCACUCUAUCAUCCCAUCCCCCUCUCUCUCUCUCUCCUCCAAAGCCCUAGAUUUCCUCCACCGUCUUCCUCUCACUUCUGGUUGUCUCUGCGCUGUUCUUCUCGGACGCAAAAUGGUUUUUCAGUGCCCACGGCAGGGGCAACCUUGGAGAAGGAGACCUCAGAAAGAUCAGUUAGCAAAUGCAGCUUCAGGUAUGGCAGUGCAUGACGAUUGCAAGUUGAGGUUCUUAGAUUUGAAGGCAAAGAGGACCUACCGUUUCAUAGUGUUUAAAAUUGAGGAGAAGCAAAAGCAAGUAAUUGUUGAGAAACUUGGAGAACCUACUGAUAGCUAUGAAGAUUUCAGUGCCAGCCUUCCUGCGGAUGAGUGUAGAUAUGCUGUGUAUGACUUUGAUUAUGUGACUGAAGAGAAUUGUCAAAAGAGCAGGAUUAUAUUCAUUGCCUGGUCCCCUGACACUUCUAAAGUAAGAAACAAGAUGAUUUAUGCAAGCUCCAAAGACAGGUUCAAGAGAGAGUUGGAUGGUAUCCAGGUUGAGUUGCAGGCUACUGAUCCAACAGAGAUGGGCCUUGAUGUUAUUAGGAGCCGCUCCACUUAAAUUUAAAUUUUUAUGUGCAAUGCAGGUUCUUAACACCAUUUGCGUCCUAUACAUGUCAUAUUUACAUCUUCCGGGACCUAGGACUUGCAGUUACUUAAUCUAUUGGCUUGUCAUGUGAUAUUUAUCAAAGAAAUCUUAAUCUUAAGCAUUGGAUGAUGCUCCAGAUCCUCAUAUGCGAUUGUAAUGAUGACAUUUUUUGUUUGGGAUUGCAACACGUACAAUUUUUAUGAGGUUUGUGGCGUGUAUAGACUCCACUUGCUUGCCAAUUGUUUCU